UGUUUUUUUUAAUAAGUCAUGUUUUUAAUUGUUGUGUUAAGUUUUCAUAAAAGUUUGCUUAUUCACUUCAUUAAGGAAGAUGCGAGCCAGCUGCUUCCUCUUCAGUCAAUAUAUCUGAAGUGCUCAAGGCAGAGGAUAAACACUCAAACAGAGCCAGUCCUGGGUAAGUAAAGGUAAAGUAAGCUCUCAGCGGCCGCAGAAAGCGCCGCUGAUCCUGGUGUGUGCCGAUCUCCGGAGGGUCCCGGAUAAUCCAGUUGGACCCUCAGUGGACUGGAUCUUCCUGCUUACCCAUACUAAGCAGAAGUGGGGGGAUUCACAGUCCGUGCGGGGAUUUUUAAUUCACUCAGCGCAGGUGACCUGAAACGGAUUGCAAAGAAGGAGGACUGGAGAACAAAUGGAAGGAGAGCAGAGAGAAAGUGGAUAAGAAAGAGACCAGAAGCAGGACCAGAAGGUUUCCUCCGGCAGCAGAGAAGUCUCUUUCAAUACAGGGCUUUGACUUAAAAAGCAGACAGUGGGCAUUACCAGAAUAAAAAAGUUACUACCAGAUCUGUUAUGAUGGAGAAGACAUACUCCCUAACUGCCCACUACGAUGAGUUCCAGGAAAUCAAAUAUGGCGGUCGCUACAGCAGUGACAUCCUCAGCAAUGGCAUGACCCUUCACCUGGGGGGCAGCCUGGACCGCCAUGUGGUUCGAGGAAGGGGCAACACCUGGUCAAACAGCCGAAACAAAGACCUGAGCAGCAACAGCAGCAGCGGGGGCCUUCCUCGCUGGAGCAGGAGGGAGAAUUGUCUCCUGUCUGCAUUGGUCUUUGCUGCAGGCAUGUGUCUCAUCCUGGGGAGCAUGCUGGCUCUCAAAUACAUUUCAUUUGAUGACGCAGACUGCAGGCAGGACUGCCAACACAAACGCUCCCUUAUGCGGGCAACUCGCUUCGUUCAGGCCAAUAUUGACAUAACCAUACAGCCUUGCCAGGACUUCUAUUCCUUUGCCUGUGGAGGCUGGCUGAGGCGCCAUGGUAUCCCCGAAGACAAGCUCAGCUAUGGCAUCAUCACAGCUAUUGGAGAGCAAAAUGAGGAGAAGCUACAGCAACUCCUUCUGGAGCCAGUUCAGAGACAUGGGCCAGACUCCGCAGAGCGGAAAGUCAAGGAGUUUUAUCGUUCCUGCAUCAACAUCAAGGAUAUUGACAAACUGGGGUCAAAACCCAUGACAGAGGUGUUAGACAGCUGUGGAGGAUGGGACCUGGAGGGAGCUCCUUCGGGCAGCGCCCCCCAGAGGCCGGAUUUUAAUGAGCUGCUCUACAGGACGCAGGGGGUUUUUAGCACUGCUGUUUUCUUCUCCCUCACCGUUAAUGUGGACGAUAAAAACUCCUCCAGGAACGCUAUCAGGAUUGAUCAAGAGGGACUCACUCUGCCAGAGAGAAGCCUCUACCUCGGUCAGGAUGAGGAUAGUGUGAAGAUCCUGGCAGCAUACAAAGCCCUGAUGGAGCGCCUGCUGAGCAUGCUGGGCGCUCACAAUGCCACACAGAAGUCCAAGGAGAUUAUAGAGCUGGAGACCCAACUGGCCAAUAUCACUGUGUCAGAGUACGAUGACCAAAGGAAAGACAUCAGCACAAUGUACAACCGAAUCACCCUUAGGCAGCUGCAGCGAAUCGCACCUAGCCUUCACUGGAAGCGAUUGUUGGACCGAAUUUUCCACGACAACUUCUCUGAAGACGAAGAGAUCGUGGUGCUCGCCACUGAUUACAUACAGAAAGUCUCUGACAUAAUCAAGAACACUUCAAAGAGGGUUCUGCAUAACUACAUGCUGUGGCGCAUUGUGGCCGCGCUAAGUGAGCACCUGUCCACCGCCUUCCGAAGCACCAUCCACGAGUUUUCUCGAGAGAUCGACGGCACCGAGCAGCAGCUGGAGCUGGGCCGGCUCUGCCUCACUCAGGCCAACAAGCACUUCGGCAUGGCUCUGGGGGCGCUGUUUGUCAAGAAGCACUUCUCUUUAGAGAGCAAAGUCAAGGUACAGAAGCUAGUGGAGGACAUAAAACAUGCCCUGGAUCUUCGGCUGCAGGAACUGGACUGGAUGGAUGAGGCCACCAAGGAGGCUGCCAGAGCAAAGCUGAAGCACAUGAUGGUGAUGACAGGAUACCCAGACUUCUUGCUCAAAGAUGAACUCAUUGAUCAGGAAUAUGGGUUUGAUGUGAACAAGAAGACCUACUUCAAGAAUAUCCUCAACAGCAUUAAGUUCAACAUCAAACUGUCUGUCAGGAAAAUACAUGAAGAAGUGGACAAGACAGCGUGGCUUCUCCCCCCGCAGGCUCUUAAUGCCUACUAUCUCCCUAACAAGAAUCAAAUGGUUUUUCCUGCUGGCAUCCUGCAGCCCACCCUCUACAAUCCUGAGUUUCCACAAUCUCUGAACUAUGGAGGAAUAGGAGCUAUCAUUGGCCAUGAGCUGACACACGGUUAUGAUGACUGGGGGGGCCAGUAUGAUCGCUACGGCAACCUCAAACAGUGGUGGACUCAGGAGUCCUACAGAAAGUUCCAGAAAAAGGCUGAAUGCAUUGUCAAGCUCUACGAUAACUUCACUGUAUAUAACCAAAAGGUGAAUGGCCGCCUGACAUUAGGAGAGAACAUAGCUGACAUGGGAGGACUAAAAUUGUCGUACUAUGCAUAUCAAAAAUGGGUGAGGGAUAACGGUCCAGAGAGGCCCCUCCCUAAGCUAAAAUACACCCACGAACAGCUGCUCUUCAUAGCCUUUGCACAGAACUGGUGUAUGAAGAGAAGAUCUCAGUCCAUCUAUCUGCAGCUGCUCACUGACAAGCAUGCACCAGAGCACUGCAGGGUGCUUGGCAGUGUUUCCCAGUUUGAUGAGUUUGCCCGUGUCUUCAACUGUCCCAAGGGUUCUCCGAUGAACCCUGUGGAAAAGUGCUCUGUUUGGUGACCCAGUGACCCUCAAUUUUCAAGAUCCAAACAAAGCUCACCGUUUCUUCAGACACGUCACAUAUUCCCCUAGUUCAUCAGGGAGGAAACAGUGUUCAGACCCCUGUCUAUGGAUCCACAUCAUCAUCACCGUCAGUGACUGAGUACCACUGGUCAAACCAAGCAUGAGCCAUGUGACUGUAGCUUGUGUACAAAUACCAUGUGAUUAUAAAUAUUUUUCUAUGUUUACA